AUGGCCAUGGCAACGAGGAUGGUUCUGACUAAGCCGAGGGCUGGAGCAACGGAUCACAUGACGUGUGACGCACGAGGGGAGCUUCAGUGCGCUCUUUCAGUCCAGAUGGCGACCUCAAGACUUCCGUUUCUCUACCCAAACCUUUUGCGCUCGGUGAGGUCCUGUGAGCCUACAACCUACCGGUCAAUUCGAUUCCCGCCCGCUCAGCACCCUGCAGCUGCCUUCCACUCAUGUCCGCGAUGCGAGCAAGAAACCUCCUAUCACCAGCGGUACGGGCCAGCGGCGGAGCCACAUUUACGCCCGCCUCCGUGGUCUACCGGUAAAGGUGACAUUCUUCCGCCGGAUAGCAUCUCCAAGGGCACAGAGAAAGCCCUCAAUAAGGACGAUCAGAUGCAGAACUCGAAAGAUUCGAGUAAGCAAACUGCCUCAUCUGCCACCGGAACUCCAGAUUCUUGUCAAUCUCCCCCCUCGCCUGAAAACUCGAUCUCUGCUUCUUCUACGGUUCUUGCGAGCGAAUUGUCUCCCCAAGGAAAUGUUGACGCUGGCCCAGGUUCAGUGGACCCGAAAGCGGCGGACGGCCCCUCGGAAAGCAAGGAUACCAAUCAUAAUUCCGCGACUGAUAACCUGGGAUCUGUAUUCCAGAUGUCAGAUGCUAGUAUGGCGUCUUCACCAUCGUCAUCGUCUCCACAACCCGAGUCGAUGUCACUAAUGCCUUCUCCUGCCUCAGAAUCGCAUAGGCACCCCCAUCUUUCUCCUCCCCCAUACGUACACCACUUCGACAGUUAUAGUCUAGUGAAAGAUCUCAAUAAAGGCGGUUUCACCGAGGAGCAGUCUAUAUCAAUAAUGAAAGCUAUCCGGGGGCUACUAGCAGACAACCUUCAAGUAGCCCGAAACGGGUUAAUCUCGAAGUCGGAUUUUGAAAAUGAGACGUACCUUUUCCGUGCGGCAUGCUCUGAAUUGAGAAACUCUAUACAAGCGUCGCGGAACGCAGAAAUUCAGGCGCAGCGCGCCCAGCGCGCCCAGUUACAGCAUGAAGUGGACAUUUUGACGCAGAAGAUGACCCAGGAGCUAUCGGGACUCAAAGAUGAUUUAAAGGAGAUGUUCAACAACCAAAAGAUAUCGACGAAGGAGUUGCAGCGGUCUCAGGAUACAGGAAUUCAGGAGUUGAAUUACCAAAUCACGGUUUCGCUUAACAGCGACGGGAAACGAGUGGUGGAGAGUCUAAGAUGGAUCUUGACGCGUAGAGCCGCUGUUGCCAUUGCGACUAGUGCGAGUGGCUAA